AUGGCGCUCUUGAAGAAAGCAAUGAUCGAAAACGAUGUUGCUCAGUGCAGAAGUGUUGUUCUAAAGUAUGAAAACAAGCUUCGGCUGUUAACUCAACAACGCAAUAGUAGCUAUAGUUACUCACUUAUAGAAAAGGUUGCCGAUGACAACCUAUCUACUUUACUAAUGCCUGAAGAUGUCCCAGUUCCACUUGUACCAAAACCUUCUAUGGCAAAUGGAAAUUGCUUAUACAAUUCUGCAUCUAUCGCUAUCUACGGCAGUGAAGAGCUAUGUAAUAUUUUAAGGCUUCUUGUUGCCGGAGAACUCUACGUAAAUGCACGCUAUUACGCCAAUCAUUCUCAUUUUCAAACACCAUUCACCCAGACGCAUUACAGCCAACAUGGUGUUUUUGCCCUCACGCUAUCGUGUGAUUAUGAAGAUCUUAGUAACAAGGAGAGUAUUGUACGCCAAGAGGCAAUUGCAACUAGUACACCACAAAAGUGGGGUGCAUUUAUUCAAGUAAUGGGAUUGUCCACGGUGUUGGACCGACCAUUGUUUUCUGUGUAUCCACCAGUGCACGAGUCAAUCAGAGCAGUACUUCAUGGAAAGGUAUUCCCUCGACGACAACAACGUGAAUUUCGCGAAACACACAAUUCACCACGAGAAACACUUUAUAUUAUGUUUACAAGGGAUUCGAACUUGAAUAGUACGUCUGGUGUCGGUUUCCAACCUAAUCAUUUUGUGCCAUUGUUCCCAGCAAAACAUAGUGAAGUUAAACCAUUCUUGUUUGACGAAGAUGAAUUUCCUGCCUUACGUAGUGGAAACAGCCAUGCACAGGAUACUUGUAAACGGUAAGAAACUUUUUCAUCCGAUAUUUAAUUUAUGCAUUAUGUAUCAGUUAUAGUACUACAGGCCCUAAAUAUUCUCAAAAGGCUUGUUCGAUUUAAAACAUUGAUAGCCCAUUUAAAAUCGCAUGAAAUCCUUGUCCUUAUCGUGAUAAUGGUAUCAGUUGAUCAUGUAUCACUAGAGUUAGAGAUUAUGUAGCCCUUUCAGUCUGGUUGCGUUAAAGAUCUAUUGGCAUAAGCGUAUAAAUAAAACUGCACAGUUCGAAAAUGUCCAUGACUAAUUAAACUGUAAAUUUCGCAAAAAUUGUGAAAACCUUAUGUACAGGAUAAACACCGAGAAGGAGGGAUUUAUGUCAGAUAAUGACCCGAGGACGCCCAGCGUCCAAGAGCAUUAUCUCAAUUUAUCUGACAUAAAUCCCGACUUUCGAGGUGUUUAUUCAUAUUUAAUUCAUGGUUGUGGAGGUUUUCCAACAAAGUUUUGUCUGUCUCGUUUUCAUUGAACGACGAUUUUCUUACUUUUCCUUGAUAUUUUCAACUGAUUAAUAUUCAAAGUGGAACUAAUCUAGCACUGGUGAAAAUAAUUUUGAAAAUAAUCACCUCGGUACAUCAAAGAAAACCGACUCAAUCAUGAAUUAAGCAAGCAAUGCAGGAGGGUUGUUUUUAAAAAAUGGCUUGCGCACAAAAAUAUCCGGGAGGCUCAAAACGCAAUUUGAAAUCAUAGGGUGCAAAUUUAGGUGUUUUAUGCAUUAUCAAAGUACCAGACUACUCGAUAUACAUGUCCGACGCGCGACCUCUAAAACUUGGACUUUCUUGCCAUAGUCACAGACCAUAGUAGCCUUUUGCGCAUAAUUUUAAAAGUUUUCUUUAAAAAAAACAAUCAUACUUAAAAUCAAUCAUACUUAAAAUCAAUCAUGCGUUCAAAGUCAGUCAAAAGUCCACGUUUUAGGAAUUAGGGGUAGUGUACAUCAAGCUGUCUGGCAUGCACUUUGACAGUGCAUGAACCACCUUCCAAAUUUGCAACCUAUGAAUUAAAAUUACGUUUGAAGCGGCCUUCCAUUUUUGUACGGAAGCCAUUUUUAGAGUGGUUUUUGACAAAAACAAUUCUCCUGUAGUCGAAAACAUUUCUUUUCGAAAUAAUUUUAGUGGUGAAGAUACUGGCAGACCCCAGUACGUACCAGACUACCCAUGUUUGCAUAAAAUUAAAAUUUUCACACAUUUUGUGAAACUUGCAGUUUAGCGGACAUUUUCGAACUCUGCAGUUUUUUAUUUAACAAUAUGAAGAUCUAUUAUUUACGCUCAAACUGAUAUUUUAAAAUGUAACCAGAAAGGGCUAACUUAAAUUCUGAUAUCACAGAUACAAUUUAAUACAUCUAAAGACAGGUGUUAUAAAUCUGUCAACAACCCAUUAAUUGAAAACAAUUAGUUUAUUCGACGCUUUGCAUGCCUUCGCCCUUCACUCUUCAGGUCUUUUUAUAUACACGUUAUAGACUUAUAGUACAAUAGUGUUUCCUAUUAGUAUUUCUACUAUAUAUAUUGGUAUAUGAACGUUGUAAAUAUAAAUGAGCUUAUAGCUACACUUAUAAUGACGGGACAAAACUCAAAGCGUUGAAAGCACUAAUUAUUUUCAAUUAAUGUGCUGUUUGUUGACAGAUAUUUUAUAACACCUUUCUUUAUAUUUUGUACCAUACAGCUUUUGUAAUUUUAUGUUAGCAUUAUUAUCGUGUUACAGAUCUUUCAUACCAGACUUAACUCUUGAAUUAUUUUGACUGAAACGAAUGACCUAUACCGUCAUUAUGGAUCAUUUUAAAAUUAACCUCAUGAACUAUGGUCUUGACAACGUCAGGAGUGGGAUUUAUAGCUUGAUAAAAUUAUACAUGUACUGUACAUAUAAGGCGGAUUUCCAUUCAGUGCAAAUGUUGCGCGAUCGACUUUUUGCGAUCGCUUUCUUUUGAAAUACAAACAGUCAAGCGGAAUAAAUCUCAUUAGCUGUAGUUCACUGCACACAUUUGAAAAUUUUGCGACAUUUUGCACUGAAUGGAAAUCCACUUUUUCCACUAGCGAAUUUUUGCGCGCGAAGCUACCUUUUUCCUUUGAUUACGUCAGCAAGACGUGGCAAAAUGGAUGCCGAGAAAGGAAAAAGGUCGCUUCGCGCGAAAAAAUUCGCUAGUGGAAAAGUAAAAACCGCGGCUUUAAGCCGCCAGUUCGUGAAAAUGCAGUUUAGCCUUAGGAAUGUCGUGUGUUUAAAAGUCGUGUGUCGUGGGUAAAGUCGUGGGUAAAGUCGUGGGUCAUAAAAUGUGCUAAAAACGCAUUUUUUCACAAAGAUAUUAUUUUUAUUUUUAAUAUUUUUUCGUACUUUUUCCAUUUAUGUACUAGAUAAAUACAGGAAAGUUUAACGCAACAAAUCUCCAGUAAUAAAAUAAUUUCUUAUCUUGCUGUUAUCUAUAUAGUAUAACAAGUAAAUGUUUGAUUAUGUUAUGUUUCCGUUUCGCAUAGUCUAAUAAGCCUAUAGAGUAUAAAUGUAUUGCUUGAUGAUAAAAUGUCUUAAGUUAUAGGAUAUAGGUUUAUUAGCUUUGGAAGUGUUAUAGUCCCUAUCAUGAACGUCGCGAAUAACUUUGUCGAUUGCAUAUGUCUGAUACAAACAUAUUGUCUAUUGAGCUAUAAAUUUUACGCUGUGCCUGUAUAAUUAGUGGCCAACGCUCGAGCCUCAAAUUUUGCUAUUUUAUCUCCUAGACCUAGUAUAUGUUCGUGGCCCUUAAAAGUAAACAAACAUUUCAUCUGACAGUGUAUGUGGCGUUCGGAAGUAUUCCAUAAAUUGCUACGAUUUGGGAUUUCCAGUGUUAUUUCGACCGAGAAUAUGAUACAUCUACACUUUUCAGCCGUAAUUUUCAGCGCGCAUUGUAAUCAUAUACAUAUCGUUUAAUUUGCUUCAAAAACUUGAUAAAAAAACAUGUUAUUCGUGUUGGUUCCCGCGGAGCGCAAUGGUGUCAUAGUUGCCAGAGGCAGAGCACAUGCAAAGCCGCCUCGUUAUAAAUCAUGUAUGUAACGGGAAAUCUUGCUUAUUUCAGUCUAAUAAAGUCAACCUUUUUUCUUUGAUAAUGUACGCAACAUGCCGCGCAUUUUACAUUUAACAAAAUAAAUUUUUGAAGCUAAAUUAAACGAUAUGUAUAUGAUUACAAUCCGCGCAUUAUGUAUAUUACGGCUGAAAAGUGUAGAGGUAUCAUAUUCUGUCAAAAUAGCAGCGGCUAGCGCCUAGCGCGCUCGGUUGGCAAAUAGCCCGACAUGAUGGCGACAUCGCACAAAUCAAUAAAUCAUUUCGGUUUUCAAUCGCGAAAUCCCAAAUCGUAGCAAUUUAUGGAAUAUUUCCGAACGCCACAUACACUGUCAGAUGAAAUGUUUGUCUUCUUUUAAGGGCCACGAACAUAUACUAGGUCUAGGAACAUAUACUAGGUCUAGGAGAUAAAAUAGCAAAAUUUGAGGCUCGAGCGUUGGCCACUUAUACAGCGUAGAAUUUAUAGCUCAAUAUGUUUGCAUCAGACAUAUGCAAUCGACAUAGUUAUUCGCGACGUUCAUGAUAGGGACUAUAACACUUCCAAAGCUAAUACACCUAUAUCCUAAUAUCCUAUAACUUAGGACAUUUUAUCAUCAAACAAUACAUUUAUAAACUUAUUAGACUAUACGAGACGGAAACAAUUACUUGUUUUUUCUACUGAGAUAACAGCAGGAUAAGAAAUUAUUUUAUUACUGGAGAUUUGUUGCGUUAAAUUUUCCUGUAUUUAUCUAGCGCAUAAAAGGAAAAAGUACGAAAAAAUAUUAAAAAUAAAAAUAUGAAAAAAUGCGUUUUUAGCACAUUUUAUGACCCACGACUUUUAACCCACGACACACGACAUAUAGGGACAUGCUCUCGAUUAAGGAGGACAAGCGUUUCCGAAUACGCUUUGGUUGCAUGCGUAUAACAGCUAUCUCAAGUGCCAGUUUCCCGACUGAUUUUUCAGCGCUUGAUUUGAACUCAGUAAUAUGUAAUUUCUAAUAAUGAUUACCACAAGUUCGACGACUGAAUUUUGUUACUUUUUUAGAUCCAUAUAGUUUCAAUUGCGCUUGUGCCUAAUCUAUUCAAUUAUGGUUUUACAGACAGACAGACAGACAGACGGACAGACAGACAGACAGACAGACAGACAGACAGACAGACAGACAGACAGACAGACAGACAGACAGACAGACAGACAGACAGACAGACAGACAGACAGACAGACAGACAGACAGACAGACAGACAGACAGACAAAAUAUAACAUAUGAACAGCCUUAUGAUAAGUUACACCGAAAUACAAGGAAACCACACAUUGUUAAAAGAUCACGUUAGGCGUAUGUACAGUAUGUAACUUUCUUCACUCUCUUUAACACUUAGAACUCAUGCUGCAAAUAUUACUACGGGAUUCUCAAAGAAGAGAAAAGUUAACCGAGAACCAGUAGUUGUUAAAAGAACACAGGAACGUCGGCCGACCUCAUCUCAAGAAAAGAAAGGUACGGGCACUCAAUCUUGUGACUUACUAACCGUUCAAUUCCCAUCUUUGUCACGUAACUGGUACCGCUCUCAAUCAUUUAAACUCAGCGAUUCUCAAAGCUACCUCACAUCGAAUGCUUUUGACGAAUCCGACGAGAUGUCAGAUGAACGUGGAAUCUUCUCUGACCCAAUAUCGGUCAUGAAUCCUUCUGAAAUAUUACUUCCUCAGACCAACUCACUCCUACCUUUUCCUCGCAUGUCAAAAAAAUGGUAUUCCUUCGUCAGUACUGAAGAUGAUUCGAAUGAAGAAGGCACCACUGAAACAAGCCAAAAUUCAGUUAUUUUUCCCAGACUAUCAAAACAAUGGUAUAAGAGACGCGGAAAGUUAUCCUCUAAAAACAACAGUCGAAAUCGAAUUGUACAUGCAGACGGAUAUUUACAAAAGAAUAUUGUGGAUUUGGAAAAAAAGAUUACAUUUGAAACAAAUGAACAUUUGAAAGAAAAAUAUAGAAUUAUUCUUGAAGUCGGGAAAUAUUUCUUAAAAAAUGGUCCUAUUAUAAUUGCAAAACAGCUUGGGACUGCAUAUAAUACAUACAAAGAAAACAUAACGAAUAAUAAACUGAAGCGACCUUGUCCGAAACCUACUGAAUUAUUGGCUGCUCUUUCACCGCAUCUGAACAUAUCUAAAAUACAUUUGCAUGAAACCGCAUUUUUCGUAGAAAAACGUGAAAACCUGUAUGCGGUUGUUAAGAAAUUAGAAGAUAUAAGCAGAGCAGGAAUUAAAGAGGAAAUGAACAAUCACAUAAAAAAUGAGAUUGGCGACCUCUUUAACACGGCAUUAAGAUUUGCGGACACAAAGAAAGAUCGAGACUUGAUUAAGGGUCUUUUUGCAACAGCUACUAGCACAAAUUUCGUAGCCAAGCUUUCGAAUGUAAAGAACAAAAAUGCAAUUAUGGCAUGCAAGAAUGAGCUAGAGGGAAAUUUGCUUCAAUUCCAAAACAUUGAAACAACUUCUAGAACGGUACGAAAUGACAUGACCAAUGAGGCACAACGCCGUUUGCACAAGCGCAUCAUAGCAUUGAGAAAAAGUAAGGAGUUUCGUAGGUCGUACGAUGGUAGAGGCCGUCCUCUUAAAGCAGACAUAUUCCCAGAACUCGGUCUUGUCCUUGAAAGCAUUUUUACUGCAGGUGAUAAGGGCAUUGAAGGUGGUUUAGAGUCUCACAGCAGAUUAACAACUGACAUAAUGUAUAAAAGUAUUGAUAACAAUCUUUUCAUGCGUCAGGCUAGAGAAAUUAUUUUACAAGUUGCUCCACCAAACUUUUCCAUUUCAUUGUCGUCUUGCUACAAUUACACAGACACCUACAAGGACAACUCUUUUGCUGCAAAAAGACACCAUGCAGGAAAGAACAUUAACGCUAGAAUAUCGCUAAAACGCCCACCACGUGAUGCAGUUUCUCACUUAGUAAUGAAUCUUCAUUGGUCUACUAAAGCGGUAAAUUUGAUGUUGGAGGAAGCUGAAAAAACGCCAAAUGACCACGUUAUUGAUUCCAAAGAUGCGAAAGCCAUAGUGUGCGGAGAUAUCCAGCCGGUUCAAUAUCCUGGAAAAUCAUGGAAACCCAUUUCCUAUGAAGAUCACACCUUUGACCAAAGAAGGGUAAACGCGGUUGUCCCAAUGACUCAUUUAUUCUUGGAUUUAGAAAGUGUUGGUGAGGUUUCGCAUGAAGACAAUAGAAUGAAGAAAAUAUCGGUCACAAGGACAGGAAAACCGGUCACGUUACUGUACCUUGGCAUAUCAGAACCAGAAACUACCUUUCGGGCUAUGAACGAGAUGUUCUACUUGUUAACUUUGCCAUCUCUAGACUCUGUUUUUAGAAACCCAGACACUGGUAGUCUGAAGCGUCUAUUUAGUUUCGUUGUCGACAAUGGACAUGGGGAGGAUCCCGACAGCGCGCUCACACAAAUGUGCCUGGUUCGCCUGCUGAACCUAUUACAGCUGAACAAAAUAAAUCAGAGAAGUUUUGCCGAAUACCACAGUAAACGGAAUUUUGUAGAGCGUGUGCACGCCGCUGAAAAUGUUGCCUUAUCAAGACAUGGAGCAUUCUGCAGUUCAAAAGUCCACCAAAACGUUGAAAAACAUAGUCCUGAACACCUCGAGAAUAUGGAAUCGAUGGCCAAAGAUGUUAAACAAUGUUUAUCAUGUGCACGGUUUGGAAAUUCGUUUAUACAGUGUUUUAGAGGUGUUGCGAAAAACGUUGUUUUUAAUGACGAACUCAAAUUGAAGGAGUAUCUUAAUUUAAAUGAAGAGCGUAAAAUGGACUGCGAUUGGACGUACACACCACUGAAAAAUGAGUAUUUUAAUACUUUGGUUGAAACAUGGAAACUUGAUGAAAACUACAUUGGUCAGUAUGCCGAAGAUUGCAAAAUUAUUGCUAACCAGUCUGGUGUCAGAACAGCCAACAAAGACAAAUAUGGGACAAUGCUGCGUGAUGCGUCACAUUUUGAUGAUCACAAUGGAAAAACACUUCAGCCAAUACCUGAUUACAUCCGUUGGGUUCAUUCUGGUGAACUCCAUUUUCUUUCGUACGAAAAAACUGAGCAACUCGCAAGAGACAAGCCUGAAAUUACUGACUGUGAUAUAUUUUUGCCAACACGAAUCUUGGACAUAUUCUUUGACAUUGAAAAUGAUCCGUCAAAUGAAAUCUUGCAACAACUAGCUCUCCUUUCAUGGUUACCAAUUGAAGAAGUAACUGAAUACUUCAACAAGAACAGAGAGAAAGCUGACAAAAGCUGCCGUGAUAAUAUUGGACGGGAGACCUGGCGCAGUCAUCCUCUUUACAAACUUAACAUGGGCGAAUUAGAACAAAUGUGCAAGAAAAACAAUGUUUCAUUCAAAGGUCCGAAGUACGUAAUUGUUAAGGCGUUGGUACUUGCUCAAGAUGAAGACGUUCCAGACGAUUUUCGAGCCGACUAUAAAGGUGAUUUGGGUUCGUUGCCAAAAAGUAUUUCAAUGUUAAAAAAGUUACCUGCUGCAACUCUUCAGUAUAUUUUGAAAUACCACAAUUUGUCUGCAGCUGGUAAGAAAGACAAUUUGGUCCUUCGUGUGUUUUUAUUGCGAAACGGAAGAUCUCAUUUGGCAUCUUAUAUGCAAGUACGCGAAAUAAAGGACUUGAUUAAAUUGGUUCAAUCAUUGAUAUUGUAUCAAGUCAACUGUGAAAUUAUUGAUCAACCGGACAUUUACCGAACAAGAAAAUUUUCUGGAAAGAAUUUAGCAAAGAAAUCCCAAAUACCAAUUCCAUAUGGUGUCUCCAAGGAAAACUUAGAGAACUUAUUUGAAACUUUAUUGAUAUACCUGAACCAUAAAACACAUCACAGUUCCAACAUGAAUAAGGUUGAAAACACAAUGGAGAACAAAACUGGUAGUAAGGAAGUUAAUUAUGAAGAUUAUUUCGAAGUUGGCUCCAAUGUAAAAAUACGAUGGACAUCAGAGGAGAUAGGAGAUUCUGGAUGGAAACCAGGCUGGUAUUCGGCAGACGUACAGUCGUCAACAAUUGAAAAUGAUGAAAUUUCUGUUGUGUAUGUCAGUGAACCAGACUGUGUUUAUUCUGUGGAGGUGACGCCACUAUUAGCUCUAGGCAAAUUGCGUAUGUAGAGCACGGCUCAAACCAAAAGCAAAAUAGGAUGAUUACAAAUGUCUUACGUUUGCACUUGCAAUUUUUGCUGCGAUUUCUAAUGCGAUUUUCUCCUUCUGCUGUAUGUGAACGAUUUGACUGAUAAGUUACGAUUACGAAUGUUCUGAUUAUAUGUAUACCCUCAUCUGAACAUUCAUAACUUAUCCACUCGUUCACAUCCAUCAGAAGAAAUUCGUACCUAAAAUCACAGCAAAAAUUGCAAGUGUAAGCGAGCCUUUAAGAUGAUGAAAAUUAUGGGUUAAAUGUCUUUCAAGGCCAGAAUGGUUUUUGAAUGUCUUUCACAAUCUCCGCAUGUGUCACCAAUGAUAAGUUAUUAAUAAUUUCAUUAAUUACACAGUAUAGACAUAUUUUGUGGCUUUUGAACCAACAAAUCACUGAGUUAUCUGCUGGCAAGCAGGUACGUAUACUGUAACUCAGUUAUCUGUAGGUUGAGCCAGUGGUAUGCAAGAAGUAGCUGGAAAAAUUAUUAUUUCAGCGUUCCGAAAAAUGUUGACCAGUUCAUUUCCUAACUUGAAGGAACACCUCUGAACAAUUCCUUAAAAUUUUGAAACUUUCUUUAAAAAGUUCCUGACUUCCUGUUUCAUUGACCAAUCAAAUUUUAUAUUUUAUUUUUGAGCAAUCUGAUUGGUCAAUGAAACAGGAAGUUAGGAAUUUUUUAAGUACUUAUCAAAUCGUUGAGGAAUUGUUGAGAGGAACUCCUCGAAGUUAGGAAAUGAACUGGUCAACAUUUUUCGGAACGCGUCUAUUGGCAGGACUGUAAUAUAUCUAUAUUUUACAGUAUACCAACACAUUUAUAUAUUAGAUAUUUAAUAUAUAGGCAUAUCAUAUUCUCACUAGAUGCUAAAGUGUUUAAAUUGAGAAAAGUAAAAUUUAAAUAACAAUCUGUCACGCAUUUCUGCACAAAAAUGUAUGGUCAGAACCUGACGUCAUGUACUUAAGUGAUGUCACUUGUAUAUAGCUAGCAUUCCAUGGAUAUUAAAUUUAUUAUUGUGAUAAC